AUGGAUUUACCUCCAAAUUGGGAAUUACGCGAAUGCAAAGACUACCCUGGACAAGUUUACUAUUAUAACUCAGUCACCAAUGAAAGCACAUGGAUUCGUCCAGUUCCUUUUCCAGGAGAUAAAAAUACUGCAGAAUGGCCACCAAUGGUUUACGUAUUACAUAUUUUAAUAAAACACAAUCAAUCAGAACAUCCAAAUCCAGCUCUCAAGAGAACUCGUGAAGAAGCACAAAACAUAAUAAACGAAAUACAUCAGAUUUUACUUACUGAUAAUAAAAAAUUCGAAAGUAUCGCUAAAGAUAGAUCUGAUUGCGAGAGCGCUAAGUUUAACGGAGUUUUAGGCUGGAUUGCUCGAAAAAAGAUGCCGCCUGAAUUUGAGAAAGUUGCAUGGGGUUUAGGGAUCGGACAGAUUUCUAAGCCUUUCGAAACGGUAGAAGGAUUCCAUAUAGUUUUAAGGCGUGGAUGA